GCGAGAAAUUCAUUACUUUUUUUUUUUUUGCGCAAAUCAAUUUUCACAUGUUUCAUUGUUGAAAAAGUUCUCUCCAUACCAAUAGUUUACACUGUUUCAAAUAAAAAUACUUGAGCAAGGCGAGAAAUUCAUUGUUUUUUUUUUUGCGAAAUUAAUUUUCACAUGUUUCAUUGUUGAAAAAGUUCUCUCCAUAGUAGUUGUUGAACGAGAAGCUUCAACACUAGACAAAUCAAUCGACUAAUCCAUUUGCAUUGUGUGUCCAUCCCUAUAUCCUCUCGCUGCUCUAGUAAAUUUUCAAGGAAACAAACCUCAUAUUUCCUUUAGUCUUUUACGUUUUAGACUUUUAGGUUUCAUUGUUUUUUCAGACAAAUAAUCUUUGGGACUAGAAUUUCUAAACUAAAUUUAGAGUAGUGAUUUGAAUAUGUUCAUCUGAAUCAUUUUUCUAGUUAUACUCAAUCUUAUUAUAAAAUAACACUGGACCAAACGCCUAAAAUCGAAAAUUCAUUAGAACUACACUAACAUCGGAUCUAGAGGAGGGCUGGGCCCGGGGUGGCCACCCCCUGGAUCCGCCACUGUCAGUCACGGGAGAAAUGGAUCGUCACGUCAAAAUUGGAAAACACGACAGUGGCUUCUUUUACAUAUCGGUAUGACUUUUCGGUGAGUUUUUUUUUUUUUUUAGAUUUGAGUUUUACAUGCUGAUGAUGCUCUGAAUUCGGAGAUUUGAAGCAAACUAUCGUAUGACCUCGUUGAUACCAUAUAAAUGUUAAGCCAUUCUUGAACCACAUCCAAUUCCGCUAUGUUUUAAUGUCCCUUUCCAUCAAAUAUAUUGAAUUAAUGUGUUUUUUUCCCCCACUUUGUCUUCAUUAUUAAAAAAUGGAACAAGGUGGCAAUUAAUGGCUUCACUGAUUUUUGCUUAUCCUGUCUCUCUACUUCCAGUGAACUGUCUCCAACUGUUUGUGGGCCGUGGGCUAGUAGCUGCAUGCAGUAGGUGAGGAAUUCAAUUAAAGCGUCAACGGCGGAACAGUCUGGACCAGUGUGGGCUUUUCUAAUUCGGUGGCGUCAUUAAAACAUCCAUCUCCCAUGUUUGGGCCCAUCUCAUCUUCCACCCAACUACCUAACUGACCCAUUUGUUUGGAGUUUCAGUUUGGACCGUAAAUAAUAAAUAAUUAAUUAUGAUGACGUCUCCGGCCCGGUUGACCGAAACGUGGCAGGAGGUCAUAAAUAAUACUGAUCCACUCGCCGAUCCGAGGACACGUAGGAUUAACAGCGGGAUCGAGGAGGGCAUUGUGGGGAUUUUAGUUUAUUCUUUCUACCACCUGGCAGUCCAUUUCCUGGGUCACUAUUAUUAUGGGGUGAGAAUGGUUCUGUCUGUAGGUUCGAGUCCAGGCCCAUUGGAGAAGCAUGCCAUAAAGAGACGAGAGUCAGAGAAUAUGGGCCGCUGAUACCAAAGCUCAAAUGAGAACAAUAAGCCCAUAAGUAAAGAGGAUUUCUGGAUUAUAAGUACGAAGGUAGCAAUGGAUUCCACAAUAUAAUGAAGUAACACAAAUCUUGUACCAUACACACAACAAAACUCAUCCAAGUAGAGAUGCAAGAAGCUGGAAGGAACAAAAAAUUGUAAGUAAAAAACAAGGAUUUACAACGAGGCCGAAACCACUAUUUGUCUUCGCAUUUUCUUGGCUUACCUCACAUCAUUAUCGGGGGAGAUGCUAGCGCGACAAUAAAACCACUUAUGUUAGCGUCAAGUUAUGACUCUUAGCGCGGGACACCUGUCCUUGACGAAGUCGUUGUUUUUAGUUGUAGUUUACCGAGUCGUAUAAAAUUUUCUUUAAUAGGACUGCCCAUCUUAUGCCCAAAUGACUCUACAUGCAUUUUUUCCGCUUUUUGCUUUUGAUUUUUACAAUUGGUUAGCGAGUUUUAUUUUCUCUGGGGUUUAAAAGUUUGUGUAAAUUAUUCUGUGUGUGGAAAUGGGUGAUGAAAAGUAGUUGACCUAACCUUAACCCUACACAAAUAAACAAUUGGAAAAUGUUGGAUAUUUUUGGAUUAGCUAGCCACUAAGCAUCAAAACCCUAAUUAGUUUAAUGGAGUUCUAAUCACCCGGGACAUGUGCUCAUUACUUUACUUGGCAAAAAGGUCCAAGACCAUGGCCAAUUAGGGUUUAGGAAACAACCUAAACUAAUGACUUUUCGAUUAGGGAUAAGGUUAGACAAAUGAUGGGCACUUCCCAAAAGCAGUAAGUGCGGGCACAUGCAUGCACAGCUGGCCCUUCAUUUUUAUUUUGUGGGAUGAAUCUGUCUUAUGUGUAGUUAGUGGGCUAAGAUUAGAAGAAUCCUCCAGAUGCAUCAUAUGAUUAGAAUAUGAUUAAGCUUAGAUUUAGGGCCCCUAAUUUGUCGCUGAAAAGGGCACAUGAUGCUUGUUUGGAGACCGCAUUUGGAAAGCAAAAAGCACUUCUCGAUGCACUUUGCUUUGUUUAAUGGUUUAGCACUCUACUAUUGUGAUGAGAAAUUGGAUUGAAGCCACCAAUCAGGCAAUCACUACGUAGCGGUUUAGCACCUGGACCCAUGUAAACACUGGUGGAGCAAGAAAUCUGAAUGACUGAAUAUAUGGGCUAAUUUGAA